AUGAUCCCUCUAAGAGACUUAGUGAUGCCAGUUUUCACUCAGUGUCUCAGCUUGGAUUCCCAAGUCACAAUGGAUAUUUUCCAGCACAGAGGGGACCACUCGGACGGCGCUCUCAGCACAGAAAGGAAGAGUUUUAUGAAGCGCAACAAGAUAGAGGUCACCCCCAGCACAGCCUACCACUAACUUCAAGGACAGCCACACAGUACCUACCUGCACUGAUUGGCAGCUGCUAGCAGAGGAUUUGGCUCUGAGAACUGUGAGCACUGAAAAUGGAAAGAUUCCUGGGUUUCAACCAUAACCACUGUUUCAUCAUGCUGUUCUUCUUCACCUCCCUGAGCCCACUGGGCCUUGCCCAGUAUGAACACUGGCCCUACCUCCCCGGUUACCCUGAGCCACCCCCGCAAGUGUACCAGACCCCUCCGAGGCCGGCAAACGUUCCCAAGAUCCAGCUGCGCCUGGCAGGGCAGAAAAGAAAACACAAUGAAGGCCGAGUGGAGGUGUUUUACAGCGGCGAGUGGGGCACAGUGUGUGAUGAUGACUUCUCCAUCCACGCCGCUCACGUGGUCUGCAGGGAGCUGGGCUACGUGGAGGCUGUGUCCUGGCUACCAAGCUCAAAGUAUGGAAAAGGAGAAGGGAGGAUUUGGAUGGACAAUGUCCACUGUAAUGGCAAGGAGACCACCCUGGCAGCAUGCACUUCCAACGGCUGGGGAGUGACCGACUGCAAGCAUACUGAAGACGUGGGAGUGGUCUGCAGUGAAAAGAGAAUCCCUGGCUUCAAGUUUGACAACUCGCUGCUUAACCAAAUAGAGAACAUGAACAUCCAAGUGGAAGACAUAAGAAUCCGUGCCAUCCUCGCCACCUACCGUAAGCGGGUGCCUGUCACAGAAGGUUAUGUGGAAGUGAAAGAAGGAGGGGCCUGGAAGCAGAUCUGUGACAAGCAGUGGACCAUGAAAAAUUCCCGAGUCGUCUGUGGCAUGUUUGGAUUUCCGAGUGAGAGGAAGUACAACGCUAAGGUCUACAAGAUGUUUGCCAGCAGAAGGAAGCAGCAUUACUGGGCUUACUCAAUGGACUGCAGUGGGAACGAGGCUCACAUCUCCAGCUGCAAACUGGGCAAUCACCUCAACGUGGACACGGAGAAGAACGCGACCUGCGAGAACGGGAUGCCUGCUGUGGUCAGCUGCGUCCCCGGACGUGCCUUCGCCCCAAGCAGCCACAGCGGCUUCCGAAAAGCCUUCAGGCAGGAGCAGCCGCUGGUGAGGCUGAAAGGAGGAGCCAACACCGGUGAAGGACGAGUUGAAGUGCUGAAAAAUGGAGAGUGGGGAACAGUUUGCGAUGAUAACUGGAACCUCGUGUCGGCGAGUGUGGUGUGUCGAGAGCUGGGCUUCGGGAGCGCAAGGGAAGCAAUAACAGGAGCAAGGCUCGGGCAAGGUAUGGGUCCAAUUCAUCUAAAUGAAAUUGACUGUACAGGCUUUGAAAAAUCGAUCACAGACUGCAAGUUCAACACAGAGUCGCAGGGCUGUAACCAUGAAGAAGAUGCUGCUGUGAGAUGCAAUGUUCCAGCGAUGGGUUUCCAAAAUCAGCUGCGUCUGAGCGGUGGCCGCAACCCUUACGAGGGCCGGGUGGAAGUCCUGGCGGAGCGCAACGGCACUCUGAAGUGGGGCACCAUCUGCAGCGAGAACUGGAGCACCGUGGAGGCCAUGGUGGUGUGUCGGCAGCUGGGCCUGGGGUUCGCCAGCCAUGCCUUCCAGGAAACCUGGUACUGGCACGGAGACGUCACUGCUGACAGCGUGGUCAUGAGCGGCGUCAAGUGUUCAGGCACAGAGAUGUCCCUGGCCCACUGUCGCCAUGAUGGAGCCGAUGUCUCCUGUCCCAGAGGAGGUGGCCGUUUUGGUGCUGGUGUGUCCUGCUCAGAGACUGCCCCCGACCUGGUGCUUAAUGCGGAGCUGGUGGAGCAGACUGCCUACCUGGAGGACCGCCCGAUGUUCAUGCUGCAGUGCGCGCUCGAGGAGAACUGCCUGGCCAGCUCGGCUGUCAACACGUCUGUCACUUCUGGCUUCCGGCGGCUGCUGCGCUUCUCCUCCCAGAUCCACAACAAUGGACAGUCCGACUUCCGCCCCAAGAACGGCCGCCACGCCUGGGUCUGGCACGACUGUCACAGGCAUUACCACAGCAUGGAGGUUUUUACCCACUAUGACCUACUGAACCUCAAUGGAACCAAGAUCGCUGAAGGACACAAAGCCAGUUUCUGUCUGGAAGACACCGAAUGUGAAGCAGAUGUGCAAAAACAGUACGAAUGUGCCAAUUUUGGUGAACAAGGAAUCACGGUUGGAUGCUGGGAUGUGUAUCGUCACGACAUCGACUGCCAAUGGAUUGAUAUUACUGACACCCCACCAGGCGAUUACCUCUUCCAGGUCGUCAUCAACCCAAACUAUGAAGUUGCUGAAUCUGAUUAUUCAAAUAAUGUGAUGAAAUGCAGGUGCCGGUAUGAUGGACAGCGCAUCUGGAUGUACAACUGCCACAUAGGUGGCUCUUUCAGUGAAGAAACAGAACAGAAGUUUGAUCACUUCAGCGGACUCACAAAUAACAAGGUGUCCAGCCGAUAGACCCGCAUUGCCUCCCACCCCACUAUUUAAAGAAGCAAGGUUUCCUGCUUCGGUGAUUUCCCGAACCACUGCACAAAAAAGAAAAUCAAGCAAAAAAUCAAAACUCCAAAUUAGCAAGGUAAAUUAUUUUCACAAGGUGCCUUCCCUCCAAUUUCAGGUGCUUGGACCACCAUGUGUCUCUUAUAACUCAAGUCCCUACUACUGAGGUGGUUUGGGGCAGGCUUUUAAAUUCCACUUGGCUCCAGAUCUUCACCGUUUCAGCCUAUUCCAUAACGAUUCCUCCCUUCACUUUGCAGUGCCAUAUUUAUUCACGUAUGUAGGUCCAGGCUGCAGCAAGCACAGUUCGGCUUUGUUUGGGUACCAACAACCUAAAUAUGUCUUUACCAUUCACUUUCUUCAAGGCAUUAUUCUCGGUAUCUUUAAGCUCUUUGACUCAGGCUUGAACGCACCAUUGAUGCAAACGCCUCCACUUGUGACGCUGCUUCUUGAACACAGCUAAUCCUCAGUACUGCCAUGUGAUUACUCCAUUUUAGCAAAGAAAUACAGGAAAGGAACAAAAUUGGAGCAGCUUUUUUGAGCAGAACAGUCUAAAGUGUAAUUUAAUACUGCAGUGAAACUUUUGUACUCGAUAUUCCACUCCCAGCACAACCUCUUAAAUGGAGCAGCUAAUGCAGAACUGGUUUCUACAAGCACAUCAGAGCUCCACGAAGCUACGACUCCAUUAUAACAUCUAUACAACUGCAUUGUAACAUCUAGAAGACUUAGCAGAUCUCCUGGUGGUGAGUCUGCUGGACUGUGAAUUUCCUUUACUCAGUAAGCUAUUCACCUGAUAGAUUGUACGUACAUCUAAACGUUACCUUUUAAGCUGGAUAUUCACUCUGUCUUUUCUUUAAAGGAUGAACAGAGUUAAGGCAUUGUAUCAGUCACUGUACCUUACAGAGGUAACUCCAUGGCUUUCAUCAUCAGGGAUCUAGACCUGUGCUGUCAGACCACCUGUGUAAGUUGUCUUUAAAAGGAUUUUUACACUUGGUACGUUUGUAAAGGUGCUAAGUGUGCUCCUCUGUUUGUUUGAGGACACACGUUGCUACAGAUUUUCAGACACAGAUACUUGAAAAAGAUCCAUUUUACCCAGAAAAAUGUUUUACGUGCCAUUUGUGUAUUUCCACUCUGUGAAAGUUGAGGGCCUUGUUCACUUUCCCGGUACUAAAGUUUUCUCUCCCUCUGUGUUUGUACAGAAGACUUCUACAAGCAGCUAAAAUUAAAAGAAUAAUUUAUAGCUGACCAUUUCAAUCCACAGAGGGAUUGAAACUGGCUGUGUCUAACUUUUUCUCUCCAUAACCUACCUCACAGGGAUGUUGUGAGGCUUAAAGAACGCAGAAGUCUUUUGCUAAUGCCUGUCAGAGUAUUUCUGUGAUCUAUCCAGUGGCCCAGAUUGGUGGCAUCUAGCAAAGGUUUGUAGCCUACUGUAAGUUGGAAAACUCCAUUUUGUUCUCAAGAUGCAGGACUGUGUAGCAAAAGCAGAGUCUGAGAUAUGUUGGAUGCUCUGUUGCUGCUGCUGCAACAAGGUGUCUCACAGCAUCUCUUAACAUGGGCUCUACGCAAAUCAAGCAACUGUCAAGUUCUAGUUUUCUUUUCCUAAUCAGGUGGAUGACAACUUUCCUUACUAAUGGUGCAAAAGAGCAAGUCAGGCCCUUUAAAUACUAUGUAAAUAAGAAAAAUCCUUGAAACUCACUUGUAUUCAAUGCUGUCAGUUUUGUGGGAUAUUUUAACAAAAAUAUUACAACAAAGUAAACCUUAAACUGUUCUUGCUUACAGCUGAACUUUGCCCAACAACAUACAAUUCCCUUAGUCUAGUGCAUUUUUUUAAGCUUUAUAAAGCAGGGUUUGUUUUUUUUUUUUUUUUUAAAUAAGCAGCCUUGGGCUCCUGCGAGUGCCUCAGUGGGCAAUAGCCACCUUGAAACAGAGUAGGAGAGAGGUGCUCUGCCCAACGCAGAGCUAGUUAAUGGUCGGUAACACGCACAGGGC